AUGUGGAAACCUCGGAAAAAGGGGUUUACGAUUGGCCGUCUAAUAUGGGUUCCACCUUCUACAGGAGAACUGUAUUAUUUACGGAUGAUGCUGACGGUUGUCAAAGGACCUACAACUUACGAAGAAAUACGUAAGGUUGGAGAUAGACAAUAUGAUUCUUUUAGGGAUGCAUGUUUUGCUAUUGGUUUUCUUGAAGAUGACCGUGAAUACAUCGGAGCCAUAAAAGAAGCAAGUGAAUGGGGGUCUGGACAUUACCUUCGAAAGCUGUUUGUGGUUAUGCUUUUGUCUGGCAAUGUCAACAGACCUGUUUUUGCUGUGACAAUACUUAUUCUUACUCAACAACAACUGGUGAAUCUCACUUUAAUGGAGAUUGAAAAACUACUCCAACUAAAUCGACGAUCUCUUAGAGACUUCAAGCCUAUACCAUAUCUCGAUGACUAUGUUUUGGAGAAACUCGGGAAUCAUCUCAUAUAUGAGGAGCGCAGUUAUGACAUCGAAGCCAUGAAAGCUGAGUUCCAAUACUUACAUGCCGCACUUACAGGCUGUUGUCAUGUUGUUGUGUUUGGAGGAGACUUCAGGAAGAUCUUGCCGGUUAUUCCUAGGGGAACUCGAUCAGACAUUAUCCAUGCAACCAUUAACGCUUCGUACAUUUGGCACUCUGUACAAGUACUGACACUUACCAAAAAUAUGCGCCUCACAUCUGGAACAUCUGAACACGGAAGGAAGGAAUUAGCUGAUUUCUCAGACUGGUUGUUGAGAGUCGGUGAAGGUAGGCUCGGAGGUCCAAAUGAUGGUGCUGCUAAAAUUGAGUUUCCACAAGAGAUGUUAAUCAAACAGUUUGAAGAUUCGAUUGUUGGCAUCGUAACGAGAACGUACCCUGAAUUCCUCAGUAAUUACCACGACUAUGGGUAUCUGAAAUGUAGAGCUAUAUUGGCAUCAACCAUUAAUAUGGUAGACAAAAUUAACAACCAUGUUUUAGCAAUGAUGCCAGGUAAUUUGAGGGAUUACUAUAGCUGCAACACUGUCGACCGAUCCGAAAUCCAUGACCGCGACAUGCUCGAUGUUCUAACUCCGGAGUUUCUUAGUUCUUUAAAUACUCCAGGUAUGCCGAACCAUCACAUAAACCUAAAAAUUGGUGCACCAGUUAUGCUUAUGAGGAACAUUGAUCAAUCCGAAGGACUAUGUAAUGGUACACGGCUCACUGUGACAAAGAUGGUGUCGUACGUCCUUGAGGCACACAUAAUGGGAGGAAAACACCAUGGGAACGUGGUUUAUAUUCCAUGGAUGGAUAUGACGAUAAACAAGUCACAGGGUCGGUCUUUAGAUUGGGUGGGUCUUUACAUUCCUCGCGACGUCUUUACUCAUGGGAAGAUCUAUGUUGCGCUAUUGCGGGUUACCAGCAAGAAGGGAGUCAAGGUUCUGAUACACGAUGAUAAAAACACCGCCAAAACCAGCACGGCGAAUGUGGUUUACAAGGAGGUUUUCAAUAAUAUUUAA